UGUUUGGUUUAAAGGCGGAGUUGAGGUUAGUAAAUCCCUCAGUGAAAGAACGGUGGAGUAACUUGGUUCUUUACCUACGAUUGGAGUCGAAAAUAUUACAGUUUAGUUUGAUAUAAACUGCGGAUAAAGUUUGGUUUGAGGAGAGAAAAGGUCGCAAAUUCACCUGCAGGAAAAGCGGAACAACAACGUCACGUCCAGAGUGGUGCUCUGUGAGUCACAAUGAAGCACCUUUCCUUAUGUUUGUGUCUCCUGGUGGUCCUGCGUGGCCUGGAGUGUGUACUGCCCCAGUCCCCUUCAUAUGGUGAACGUGGCUCAGACUUUGGCAUACAGGUGUUCCAGCAAGUAGCACGUUCCAAGCCCCUGGAGAACGUGGUGUUUUCACCCCACGGAGUGGCUUCCAUUCUAGGCAUGCUGCUGCCUGGAACCCAUGGAGAGACCAGGAAGCAGAUCGUAAGUGGUCUCCACUACAAGAAAAAUGGUCCUUACAAGAUGUUGAAGAAGUUGCACAAAUCUCUGAUGGCUCGGUCCAAUCAGGAUGCUGUGCUCAUUGCCAAUGGCAUUUUCAGCCAGAAGGGCUUCCCCAUGAAGGAGUCCUUUGUGGCCACUAACAAAGCCAACUUCCAGAGUGAGUUCAGGAGCUUGGACUUCAACAACUCUGAGGAUGCAGCGAGUCAAAUCAACGACUGGGUCAACAACAAGACCAAAGGUCUCAUCCCUACCUUGGUCAAACCAGACAUGCUGGACUCGCCUAUGAUCAGACUGGUCACUGUCAACUCAAUCUACUUCAAAGGCCUGUGGAAGUCCCGCUUCCGGCCAUCGAACACCAAGAUGCGACCCUUCAAGGCGGGUGAUGGGAGUGUGCACUCAGUCCCGAUGAUGUCACAGCUCUCCGUCUUCAACAUCAGUACUGCCACCACACCUCAGGGGCUGAAAUAUAACGUCAUUUCUCUUCCUUAUCACGGGAACACCAUCAGCAUGCUGAUAGUGCUGCCCUUCGAUGAAGAUGCAGCUCUGUCUCAGCUCAUCCCACACAUCAGCACAGCCACCGUGCAGAGCUGGACCAAACAGAUGCGUGCGAGGAAAGUCCAGCUGGUCAUCCCCAAGUUCACUGCUGAUGCAGAGGUAGAUCUGGAAGCUUCUCUGUCUGCACUUGGAAUUACAGACUUGUUUAGUCAGGAAAAAGCUGACUUCAGACACCUCAGUUCUGAAGCUGUGUAUGUAUCCAAAGCACUGCAGAAGGCCAAAAUCGAGGUGAACGAAGAUGGAACAAAAGCAGCAGCUGCCACUGCUGCUAUUUUGCUGGCUCGCUCCUCCCCACCAUGGGUGACGGUGGACAGACCUUUCCUCUUCCUUAUAAGGCAUAACCCAACAGGUACUAUUCUCUUUAUGGGUCAGAUCAACAAGCCUUGAAUCCAGUCUCCACUGUCAAAGAUUCUGGCAGCUCACUGGCCAGCAACAGAAAUGUGUCUUUCAGUGUCACAAACACGCACUCACAGACAUACUCUUACAGAAACACACAACAUAUACACCAAACACACUUCGCUGUUGACUUUUGUACAGUGUGGACAUGUGAUUUUUGAGGAUUUUUUCCCUAUGUUUUUCAUUUUUGUAAUGCUAAACCAGACCUAUGAAAAGUUUCAGUUUUUGUUCUGCUUUCCUUUCUUUGUUUGUUUUUUUUUUUUUUAACUUUUUAAAAAACGCUUUUAUUUUGUCUUAUGUUUUAUAAACGAAUGUCAGAUGUGUGUUUUCUCAAUUCUGUAAUGUUGAUUCAAAUGUUUAGUUCAUAAACUGAUUAAUCCCAUAUUUUGAGUUGCUUUGAAUGUAUAAGAGCCACAAACAAAUGGUUAUUUCCCUCACGGAGGGCAUUUUGUGUUAUUAAACAUGCUUCCUAUAUGAGAAAAUAAACACACAUAUUUAUAACACCA